UACUGCUAGCUUUCCCGUGCCAGUGUGAAUUUACCGUCAAAUUUAAGAGCAGCAGGUUAGAUGUUGUUUUCCUUGUGUUGUGUUCUUUGGCUCUCUCUUCUCGUUGUCUGUCUCGCCGAGAGAGAGAGAGAGGUCUGAACUGAGAAUUGUAAUGGUACAAUUGACAAGCCUCAUCGUCAUCUUUUUCUGUUUUUGAUGCUGUCCCUUUCGCAGACUUUGAUCGCAAGUAGUAAGAAGUAGAAGAAGAAGAAGAAGAAGAAGUAGUACUAGUAAAGAAAGACGCCACUGAUCAAAGUCAAGAGAGCAUCGCACUGGCCACGCCAUCCACCAUUUUUUUGGGUCAUCGGCGGCCUUUUAAUAAAACAAAACAAACAAACAAAAAAAUGCGAUUCUUUGUUGCGGUCCUCCAGUCAUCCACCUCCUCAUUGACUUAUUGUUUUCUCCUAACCCAACCUCUGACAAUUCGUCCAUCAUUUCUAGGGUUAGGGUUUUUGAUUGAAUGAAUCUUCCUGUUAUCAUCUGAUUCUCAGACCCCAAAAAAAGAAGUCUUCAACGGCGUUUCGAUCUCGAAGGUAACCAUAUUCUUCCAUAUAUGUCAUCGUCCAUCUUCUUCUUCUUCUUGUAUCAACGCCCCACAUAUAUAUAUAUAUAUAUCUUGUUUUAUUUGAAAAGUUCAACAUUUUAUAAUAAAUUUAUAUGGCCUACUAAUAAUGCUGUUGAACUUGGUCAAAUUUCGUUUUAGGGUUAGGGUAACGUCUAGGUCUAGUUCUAGUUCUAGUUCAUCCGCGCAAAUGGAAGCAUCUGCUGGUAAUUCGGACGCCUACAGGGAUUCUUCCAUGAGCAGCAGCAGCUCCAGAAGACACGGAAUGCAAUUCUCUGUGUUGAAUUUUUUAAAUUCCCCGCUGUCUACAUUGUUGGAAUACUCGGGCAUCCUCCGAACCAGGUCUAGUCACCCGGAAUCUGGUAGGUUGAUAAACAGCGGCGUCUCUGUUGGUUUCCAGGAUCAUGUUAACAAUGAUUCUGCUGUGCCUGCCAAUGGCGGGGAAGUUGCUAUCAGGAUAAUUGGUGCUGGUGAGCAGGACCAUGAUCGGUCUGGGACUGUGCUGCCUUCUUCAACACUUGCCCAGAUGAGGGAAGUGACUGCAGAGAAUCAAGUAUAUGUCCAGCCUAUUGGUAGAACGGCAUCAGCCACAUCAGUGUCGUCAGCAUUGGACGGUCAGGGAGAUUCCAGGAGUGAUCGAGGGGCAGGAGAGAGUGUUUCACAAUCACUGAAUGGAGGAGGCGUUGAUGGGGCUGGGGCUAAUAGCAGGGAUUCUUUGUACCAGAGAUACGACAUACAGCAGGCUGCGAGGUGGAUUGAGCAUAUCCUUCCAUUCUCUCUGCUGCUCUUGGUCAUAUUCAUUCGCCAGCAUCUGCAAGGUUUUUUUGUUACAAUUUGGAUUGCUGCUGUGAUGUUCAAGUCGAAUGAAUUUUUACGAAAGCAAACAGCUCUGAAGGGUGAGAGGAAAAUAUCUGUUCUCGUCGGCAUCUCUUUUGUGUUUAUGCUUCAUGUGAUUGGUGUUUACUGGUGGUAUCGAAAUGAUGAUCUUUUGUAUCCACUAAUGAUGCUUCCUCCAAAAGUUAUUCCCCCCUUUUGGCAUGCUAUAUUCAUCAUUUUGGUGAAUGAUACUUUGGUUCGUCAGGUAGCAAUGGUUCUCAAGUGUAUUCUACUAAUGUACUACAAGAACAGCAGAGGCCGAAAUUACCGGAAGCAGGGUCAAAUGCUAACUUUGGUUGAGUAUCUGCUGCUGCUGUACCGUGCCUUGCUUCCAGCACCAGUCUGGUAUCGUUUCUUCUUGAACAAAGAAUACGGGAGCCUUUUUUCAUCAUUAAUGACAGGGCUGUACCUGACUUUCAAGCUGACAUCUGUGGUUGAGAAGGUUCAAUCUUUCUUUGCUGCUUUAAAGGCAUUGUCUCACAAAGAGAUUCAUUAUGGUGCUCAUGCCACAUCAGAGCAGGUCAGUGCAGCUGGUGAUCUUUGUGCUAUCUGCCAGGAAAAAAUGCACACUCCAAUCUUACUGCGAUGUAAACACAUAUUUUGUGAAGACUGUGUAUUGGAAUGGUUUGAGAGGGAAAGAACUUGCCCAUUGUGCAGGGCUUUGGUGAAACCUGCAGAUCUCAGAUCAUUUGGUGAUGGAUCGACUAGUCUGUUUUUUCAGUUAUUCUAGUAAAAUCAACCACUACAAUGAUGCCUCCAGGGAGUUUUUCUGCUUUGAAGCUUAAAACCUUGCUUAAAGCAGCCGUCUCCUUAUCAUAUAUAUAUAUAUAUAUAUCACCCAUACAGGUAAAGCUGACAGAAUCGUGCCAGGCCAUGUUCUUGGCUUGCUGCUGUAAAUUAGACAGAAGUGGCUGGUUAGCAACUGCACUGGCUAUAUGUUGAUAUAUGUUGUAUCAAAAAGAUUAACUGUAUGUAAUGAAUCCUUUGAACUACAGAAACUUACUUCGAGGUCUAAUGAUGUAUGAAAGUUUCUUUUUUGUGAAUGAAUUACAUUUGUUGCCUUCGUAUGCAUCCGGGAUAUAUAUAUUUUCGUAUUGAUAUUAAAGCA